CCUCAUUCCGAUUUUAGUUUCAUACAAAGUAACACGUAAUUUUCCUAGAAAUUUGUACGACAUUUUUUAAUACAAUUUUAGUGUUAGAGUAGAAAACUGAAGACUUUUAACGCGAGGAUUCUUUUACGGCUCAACCAUGCUCGCACGGGCCAAGAAUAUUUGUGUCGGCCACAACACCCUGAAGCGAUGGUCACGACUCGAGAUAUUGGCAUGGAUUAACGAGAUGCUGCAGUGUCAUAUCGAGAAGAUAGAGGAUCUCUGCACCGGAGCGGCGUACUGCAAUUUAAUGCACAUGAUUUUUCCCGGAUUUAUCAACCUAACUCGAGUGAAAUUCGAAUCGAAUCAGGAGUACGAGUUUGUAGCCAAUUUCAAGGAGCUGCAGAAGUGUUUCAAUCAUGUCAAAGUCGAUAAACAUGUGCCGGUGGCCCAGCUGGUCAAGGGUCGCUUCAACCAUAACCUGGAGUUUGCCGUGUGGUUUCGCCACUUCUUUGAUGCCAACUAUAAGAAGGACGUGUGCUCGGGCUACGAUCCUUUGGCGGCUCGCAACCAACAGCCGAUAGGAGUGGGCGCCCGUAAUAUUGCAGUCACUACUCCCAGGACGGCGAGGACUUCCAGGACUCCAAGGACUCCAAGGACUCCGAUGAAGCAAGCCAGGCGCCAGGGAACUCUGGUGAAGAAGCAGCCGGAAAAAAGUGAGGAAGAAGAAAAGGAAGGAAUGUCGCCAAGGCUGGGAAAGACAUUGCCGCGAAUCCAUGAGCCCGGCACACCGCUCUUCUUCCUGGGCCCCAAUGUCCUGGCUGUGGACGGAGUGCCUCCUCCCCCGGAAAUCGCUGGAAAACCCGAUGAUGCCAAGCCGGUGCCGAAGAAGGUGACCAAGCCGCCCUUCUCGGCCAGAAAGAAGCCAGCGUCGACAGGCAGGAAUAAGGUGGAACCACCACUGCCUCCUGUCGAGGUGCCUCCUCUGGAUCUCAGUGACCUAACCGAGGAUAAAGCAGGUCAACCGGAAAUCAGUACAGGUGGCCGGAAGUCGGUUCGUGGAUCCCUCUACAAGACUCUGCUUAAAACGACUACCCCGACCAACCCGACUACUCCUCCUGUGGAAAAGAAGGUACUAACCGGCCGGACCAAGCUGGAGCUCAACAAGAGCUAUAUCAUCAGCCAGGACGGAAAGGUUCCCCCCUUGGAGCUCGAUGGCCCCACCGGGGAUGCAGUGAAACUAGUGCGACCAGCUAUCGAUACAGAAUCCCCUUAUAAGAAAGAUCUCAAGGGGAAAAAUAUGCUAGCAACCACUGGGAGGAAUAAACUUGAGCCUGCCAAGACCUCCUUGAAUGUAGAACCAACCGAGGAGAAAGAGAAACCUGUGCCCAAGAUUUCUGUUCUCAGGAGGACUCUUACUCUCGUGGAGAAAUGGACGGUGCCAGUCGGCGGUAACAAAGUGCAUAUAUCUACCAGGACACCCCCUGAUAAGGUUACCCUGGACCAGGUUAACCUUAAAUCCAAGGAUCUCCAUUCUAAGAGGAUAACCUUCAAGGAAUGGCUGGCGAUAAGGAGCGAAGAGAUGGCUGCCAACCAGAGCUUCAACACCAGGGACAUCAAAGCCGCAAUUAACCAGAAUUACUUCAAUACUGACAUGACCGAUAAGAAAUGCAAGGAUAAACUAACUAUAAGGGAGUUAAAGGGAGUUAAACCACCAGAGGCGAUGGACAAGGAUGCGAUCAACGAAUCGGAUGAGAAUCUCGUCGAGAUCUAUAGGUCUCCCAUGUACAAUGGCAAAUCCAGCACUACGGAGAUCAAAAAGGAAACCGUGGAGGAGGAGAAACCACAGGAUCUAGGUCUUGCAUUGGAUCCUAUUCCCAUCCCAGAGAUCCCAGCUCCCAGUCAAGCGAAGAUCGAGAAGGAACUCCCCAACGAGAUUCAACUAUCCAAUGAUCUGCUCAAUGUCCUGGCAGAGCGCGAAGUUACCAACGAGGAGGCUCUGGCCGAACUGCGUCUCCACGAUGAUCUGCGUCUCCUGAUCAAAAUGCCCGAUGACGGCAAGGACGUCGAUGUGGCCUUGGCCACCAUUCGCCAGGCAGGAGAUGCCACCCACGAGAAGAUCAUCGAUGAUGCCUGAUGCUCGAGAUCCAACGAUCCAUCGCUGGACUGAUGGUCCCGCCGAUUUAUAACGAAAUUAACAGUAUUAGUUUAGAGCAAUCGGAAUUAUUUUCCUUGGUACUAGGUAAAUUAGGCUUUAUAUUAGGCUAUAGUGAUCUGUUUUUUUUUUUGGUAUAACUAGCCAAAAUUAGGGAUUUGUAUUAGUCUGUAGUAAUAUGAUUAGUUUUAUUUCGUAUGAUCUAAAUUAGGACUUUGUAGCUUUUAUUAAAUAAAUUUAACCAUAUUUGAGAAAAACUGA